AUGUUGUUCCACGCGUUGGGUUUAGGAUUACUAUCCGCACUGGUGCAGACUGGCUCUGCGGCGAACAUUUUCGUCUCUCAUUACACUGGUGUGGUGUACACUCUGACUUUGACCGGGUCGACCUUGACGCAAAACAGUACAGUGACGCUCGGGGGCCAGCCGAGUUGGAUGACUUUCAACUCAACAGACAGAACAUUGUAUGUUGCCGAUGAGACAGGUUCUGGUAGUGCUUCAGUUUGGUCUGUCGCAGCCGCUACCAAUGGUGGAUUGAAACAAUCUGGAAAGGCUUCAGCUCCACUGGGAGCUGUAGCAAAUGUGCAAUAUGGAGGAGGCAAUUAUCUUGCAAGCGCUCAUUAUCAAACUUCGAUAAUCAGCACUCACAAGUUGCCCCUUUCAGGGUCAGCGCUCCAAACUUUCAGCUUGACUAUGAGUGCGAGAGGGCCCAAUUCCAGACAAGAUGCUCCACAUCCUCACGAAACGAUUGUCGAUCCCACAGAACAGUUCAUCUUGGCACCAGAUCUUGGAGCAGACUUGAUCAGGAUCUAUAGAAUCGACGCCAGCACUGGAAAGCUCAUAGCUUGUACUCCGUACACUGACACACCGGGCACUGGCCCUCGUCACGCUACAUUCUGGGGAAAGAACGUCUUGUAUGUAGGAAACGAACUUGCGAACUCAGUGCAUGCCUUCACGGUAUCGUACCCGGAUGGUGGAUGUCUGACAUUGACAAAAUUCCAAACAAUAACGACUAUGCCGGGAGGAAAAGCUGCGCCAUCUGGAACAAAAGUUGGUGAGGUACGCGUGAAGGAUAACUCCCUCUAUGCUUCAAACCGACGAGAUCUCUCGUUUUCGCCAAAUGAUUCCAUGGCUGCAUUCUCCUUGGACACAUCUGGAACGAUGACCUUCCAAGCAAUUACAACAUCCGGAGGAACCUAUCCUCGAACAUUCCAGAUCAACAAGGCGGGUGAUAUGGUUGUAAUUGGAGAUCAAACGACUGCAAACGUGGUAGUUGUCAAGAGAGAUGUGGCGACGGGUGCGCUCGGACCUCAAAUAGCCAGUAUGAGGAUUGGAGUUGCAGGGCACGCAGAAAAUGACGAUGGCUUGAGUGCUGUGCUAUGGGAUGAGUAG